UGUGUUCUGCCACCCAAGAUGAGAGGGGUUCUUCUUCAGCCUGCAGAGAUGAACCUCAUGGACAUCAGUAAGAUAUUCUCCCUGCUGCAACAGCCCGACGAGGAAGACAAUGCUGGUGAGAAGCAGGAGUUGAACCAAAUUGUCUGUGACAACGAUGCCAGCACCCUAGACCAGCUCCUUCACCAGAAGCGCUACAAGCGCUUCAUCAACAGUCACAGCGGCUGGGGUGUGCCAGGUACCCCACUCCGCUUGGCUGCCUCUCGUGGCCACCUUAGCUGCCUGGAAGUUCUCCUGGCCCAUGGGGCAGAGGUGGACUGCCUGGACGUUAAGGCCCAGACACCCCUGUUCACCGCAGUCAGCCACGGGCACUUGGACUGUGUUCGGGUCCUGCUGAAGGCUGGGGCCAGCCCCGGGGGUAGCAUCUAUAACAACAGCUCCCCAGUUCUCACAGCUGCUCGGAACGGUGCCGGCGAGAUUCUGAGGGAGCUCCUGGACCAUGGAGCAGACGCCAAUGUUAAGGCUCGGGUGCCAGAGUGGGCUUCCAACAUCACCUCCUGCUCCGGGCCUCUCUACCUGUCAGCCGUCUAUGGCCAUCUCGAGUGCUUCCGCCUUCUCCUGCUGUAUGGCGCUGACCCUGACUACAACUGCACAGAUAGACAGCUACUCUCCCGAGUGCCCAAGCCGCGCACACUGCUUGAGUUCUGCCUCCGGCACAGCUGCCCGCUGGAGUACAUUCAGCUCCUUGUGGACUUUGGGGCCAAUGUCUAUCUCCCCUCUCUGCCCCUGGAGAAGAUCGAUCCGGGUGGGGAAGCUGUGGCCCUGCUGCUGAGGGAAAGAACUCAUCCCAAGUCCCUGAUGUCCCAGGCUCGUCUUGCAGUCCGAAAAGCUCUUCAGGGCUCUUACCAGGCCAACGCCAUCGACCAACUAGAUAUUCCACCUAUGUUGAUUAAUUACCUCAAGCACCAGGACUAA